AUGCUUUCAUCGGUCGAUGUCUUGAUGGCUACAUCAACAAGCUUCUUGGAGUCGGCAAUGUUUGUGAUUUUGCUUUUAGACGAGGCUGCAUCUUUGGUAGCCUUGUCAUACUUGGCUUUCAUACCAGCAAUCUCUGUUUCAAGAGACUCGGUCACCUCUUUGUUCGGUAUAACUACACCCGCUAGGACAUACAUGGCAAUUGUCGCCAAGCAUGGCUGCACAACUCCUGAAAGCAUUGUGGUCAAUUCUUGGAGACCGCAGUGUCGAUGGCAAACAUGGUCACAACGAGAGCACAUGGUGUUAUGGUAUGAGACAUCGACCAAUACUUUUCUUGUGGUAGCAGUCUUUUUCAUAUAG